AUGAGGUCGCUCGUUUUGCAUGUGGGCGUUUGGAGCGCCCUCCUGGUCGGAGCAUUGUCUGCUAGCUCGAGCGAUGCCAGAGCUUCUAUCAUUCGCAGCCACGAGGCCGUCUUCUCCAGGCUCAUGAACUGGCAGCCUUCGGAGGGUGGAGACUCGGAAGAGACGACGGGAGCUCCUACGCGAGAGAUCGACCAGCUCGGCCGCUGCGUCAUCCCCAUGUGGAACAGCCGGGACUUCGUGUGCCAGGAGCAUAUCGACGUCUCGGGUUUCAACAUUUUCGAGGACUACAGAGGUCGAGUGCGGAAGAGGCUGGAGGAUGGACAGCUUUGCACGGUGCAGUGUCCGGAUCCUCGAUGGUGGCAGAUCCCUUGGGACGACGAGCAGAUCCUGUGCACGCGAGGAGUCUUGAAAACUCACGCCGGCGCGAUCGUGCAGAAGAUCGACUGCCGCACCGCCUCCUCGUUCAAGUUCAGCGUCCUUGUGCUGGUCCUCAUCGCAGUGCUUGGCCCGGUCCUCGCGCUGAGAAGCGCCGCGAAGCCAGCACCUCCUCUGCCUGGCCCCACGGCGCAGCCCAUCCAAAUCGUCGACGAGCCCGACUCCCCGACGCAGGCCACCGCUGGUAGCGGAUGA